CACUGAUCUACAGUACAUGGGGAACUACUGAACACUAUGCACUGUAUGGAAGAAUCCUUUCAGUGGUUACAAUAAAAGUUUAUAGGAUAGUGCUGGAGAGGAGAGACGCUAACUGAGUCUGUGAAAUUGUGAAGAAGCCAGCCAGUGGAAGGUGAAGACAAUUAUGCCCCAGGAUGAUUUCCUUGCAGACGUGCAUAUUCUUUCUGACUUGACACCAGGAAAAGAAAGAGAUAACGAUAAACACAGAUCAGAGCAGAAGAUGUUUGUGCAAUGUUAGCUACAAACAAAGACAAAUGAUUUCAGCCUGUGUUCGCUUAAGAAUGACAGUCCUUGUUUUAUGUACUUGAAAUAUAAACUUGCGAUAAGGAAGUUGAAGGCAGGCGUGAAUGAUGGCAAGCAGUUUGACUUUCCUUGGUGCCCUCUGGGCACUACUGUCAUUCCUCUCAGCAGCUACCAGCUGCACCAGUUUUUUCAUGCCUUAUUGGCUGUUUGGAUCCCAAAUGGAGAAAGCAGUUUCAUUCAGCACCUUCCGCAGGUGUACCUACCCUGCUCAGACACAUGAGAGGGACUUGGUGAUGGUGGAAGAAUGUGGAAGAUAUGCCAGCUUCAGUGCCAUUCCCAGUCUAUCCUGGCAGAUCUGUACACUGGUGACUGGUAUUGGUUGUGCUUUGCUUUUGCUGGUAUCUCUGGCUGCAGUUCUAGGCUGCUGUAUUGGUGACCUAAUUUCCAGAAUGACUGGACGAUUCCAGGGUUCGGUACAGUUUGUUGGAGGACUCCUUAUUAGCUCAGGAUGUGCACUGUAUCCACUGGGGUGGAACAGCCCUGAAAUCCAGCAGGCGUGCGGCAAUGCGUCCAGUCAGUUCCAAUUAGGAACCUGCAGACUCGGCUGGGCAUAUUACUGUACUGGAGGAGGAGCAGCAGUUGCUAUGUUGAUUUGCACCUGGCUGUCAUGUUUUGCUGGAAAGACAAGCAAGCCGUCGCCUUAUUAACAAUAUACAGAACUGUGAUACAAAAGGACAUUACUGAUAACUAAUACAGAUGACCUCUCCAGUUAUUUAAAUACCUACUAAUAAUAUUGUUGAUAAAUGUUACAACUCUGCUACAUGAUGAUACUGUAUAUACUGUAGGUUGAUACACUUCAUGUAAGCAGGGUCAUAAGCCGCUAUUCAAUGAUUGUGAGCAGGGGCGUAGCCAGAACUUUGAGGUCCCCAUAGCAACAUUUUGAAGGGCCCCUCCCCGUCCCAAUGCUUCUAGAGAGACACUUCUUUGCAGCAGUUGUUAACUUUAUGCCCUAUAAUAGUAUCCUAGUUCAUUUUCUGAACCAUAGUAGAGCCUUAUUUAAUGUUAUGCCCCAUAGUAGUGCUCUGGUUUCUUUUAUGAAUCGUAGUAGUUCUUAAGGUCACCCUAUGUCACUUUUCAGAGCUGCCAGUACACAUUAUGCUGCACAGUACCCCCAAUUCACAUUAUGCUAUAUAGUGCUCCCCGUUCAUAUUGUAUAACAUUAAAAUGCCCUCCAGUUCAUUUUAUACCACACUACAAUGAGCAGGUCCAGGGGUGGGAUCAGUACGAAAUCCCACUGGACGGGAUCCCGGCGGUCGAAAUACCGACACCGGAAUCCCGACCAGCACAAUCCCGACAGGGGUGGCGAGCUGAACGCAGCCCCUUUCGGGCUCGAUGCGCUCGCCAUGCUGCGGACACGGUGCCUCGCUACGCUCGGAACACUAUUUUAUUCUCCGUCUAUGGGUGUCGUGGACACCCAUGGAGGGAGAAUAUGUCGGGAUUGUGCCGGUCGGGAUUCCGGUGUCGGUAUUUCGACCGCCAGGAUUCCCACAGGUGGGAUCUUGACCGCAUCCCCCAGGGGCAUACCUAGAUAUAUUGCAGACCCCAACGAAAAAGUUUGAAAGACCCCAUACGUACCACCCAAUGGUGAAAAAUGUAUAUAACACAUGUAACUUAGACAGGGAAGGUGGGCCCAUCUCAGCUCUGGUCCCAAUAGCAGCGGCACUUGCUGCACCUAUGGUAGCUACGCCCUUGAUUGUGGGUAACUGAAUACCGGUCAAAGGGGUGU